GAAAUUAUUUAUUGCAAAUUUCAAAUUCCCCUUGAGUAUACCACAUGGGAAAUUAGAAUUAGUGAAUUGUUAAAUUGCGUGCCAUUUGAAAGCAGGCUUCCCCCCUUUAUUUGCACACAAACUGGUAUAUUAAUAAAUACUCGACGUGUAAAGUUUGCCGUGCGAAUUUAGGUUAUACACUUCGGUGUAAAUAAAAACCGUCUAAAAAUAAUCGUUGGAAAAUGUGAAGAUGAACAUAUCAGGAAGGUUGGCGCAAAUUUUAAAGUGCAGAGGAACCUCGAAUCAUUUCGUACAUCAGCUGACACGAAAAUAUGGUCAAAAUGUUACUGUGUCCGAACGGACUUUAACCGGUCGAAUAAUAUCCUAUUUGGAUCAAAACAGAGGUGAUACCAGUGCCAAAUUGUCCAAUGAUUUGUUUAAAUCACUAGCAGAGCGUCCGGAUCUUAUUAAUGGAACAAUUAAGUUUCAAGAACUCAGAUCUUGCAUCAAGUUUUGUGGAAAAAACAACGACUAUUUGCUCACUGCCAUUGAUAAAGAGUGUUGCAAUAGGAUAUAUGAUUUGAAUGUACAAGAAACCUGUGAUAUUUUACAUUCUCUAGUUCAAGCUGUGCCUAAUCGUAUAUUUAAAACUAAUUAUUAUAAGCUGGCAAUUAGGAAUAUGUAUAACAACAUAAACCGUCUUUCAAAGGAUGAAUUAAUACAACUGAUGUUCUUUGCUGCCCUUGAAAAAAAAUCUAAAAAGUCUCAAACAAUUAUUAAAAAAUGUCUACAAAGUCUUCAUUCAUAUAUUAAUGAAUUAGAUGAAAGUCAGCUGUGCAUUAUAUCUAACUCUUUAUUUAAAACUAGUACAAAGGCGAGUGAACUGUUUUUGAGUUGCAUACACCACUCUAUAAACAACAAUUUAGGUAUACUUAAGGAUUCAUUGUUAUUUAUAAGUUUUGUGAAAGUGUUGCGCCAGAACAGGUACCAAUCAGAGGAAUUGUUGUCCAGUAUUACUUGUGGAAUGUUUUUUAAUCAAACCACACAUAUUUAUUCACUUACUGCUUUGGGACACAUUUUGGCAUUAUAUUCUGAUUUUUAUUACUAUGAUAAAAAUUUAUAUCAACAUUUUGUGGAAAUUAGCCUUAAAAAAUUAAAAGAAAGCACUUACACACCAAGAACUGACUUCUACUUGCCAGAAGAUAUUAGGACAAAAGAUAUAAACAGAUUGUUAUGGUGUUUAGCAAAUAUCAAUUACCAAGAAUUGAAGAAAGACCAAAUUGAUAUUAUAAUAAGUAAAUUAAAGGAAAGAAUUAAUGGUGGAGAUCACCUAAUUAAACCAGACAUCUAUAUAGAGAUUUUUCUAUAUCUUUGGAUGCUGAAAUAUCGAGCUUAUGAAUUUGUUCCCUUUAUUUUAACUCAAGACAAUAUUUCUCGAAUACAAGACUCUAAUCUUCCUGUGAAGCAAAGAUUAAAUUUACUAUUAUCCUGUAUCUAUUAUGAAGAUCCACAACUGUUUAAAAAACUCAACAUUAGCCCUUUAAGAACAACAAGUUACAAAUAUGAAAUGCAAAUAAACAAGAGGCCACUGUUACAAAGAGUUUAUGAUUCUUUGAAAGUGAUGGCAAAGAGUCACAGCAUAAAUCGAUUUGAGAUGGGAAUCCAAAUACCUCAUUUGAAUAUUGUAGGAAUAACUGGGUAUAAAAGAAAGAUAUAUAAAACAGUACAUGUUGAAGUAUUAGAUGAAACGACGUCUGUAAAAAAUGAGGAAAACUUGCCACAUGGCUUAAUGGAUCUUAAACUGAGAAUUCUGGAUAAAAUGGAAGAGGGUUUAAUAGUUAUUGAUUCAGAGGACAUAUGUGAAAUGACUGAAUAUGAAUUACAAAAGCAUUUGGAAGAAUCAAUUAAUUUAGUUACCUAAUUUAUGGUUCCUUAUGUAGGGAAUCAACAGGGUUUUAUUUAUGUGAUUAUAUUUAUUUAUUGUAUUCAGCAUUGUAUUUUUUAUUGUUUUGUUUUAAAAUGUAAUGUAAUGUUUUCAAAAAACUGGUUUCAUGUUCUGUGUGGACUUGU